AUGAAUUUAAUUUCAAAAGAGAAGGCACUAUUUCAAGUAUAUGAUUAUAUUUAUGACCGCAUCGUAGAAUUAGCAAAUGAAUCAAAAAAUGAAAUGAGCAACGCGACAAAUAAAUCGACAGAAAAUAUUAACAACCUGACAAAUGAAUCAAAAAAUGAAAUAUCCAAUCUUGUUAGGCAAUCAAUAAAAACAAUUGAAGAAAAUAUUUUUGAUAAAAUUACCGAAUCUUUUAGUUUGAUUUCUUUAAAUGAAAGCAAAAGCAAAAGUGAAGAUGUCAAUGAUAACGUAAAAGCAGUGAUCGAAGAUACCGAAAUAGUUAAUAACAUAAUUAACCGAAGAAGAGGAGGAGGAGAGAAAUCAUUCUAUUUUGACGAGUUAGCUAGUUUAAAAAGUGAAGAUAUCAGUCGUUAUUUAGGAACAAAACAUCCUGAGCAUAAUGAAAACCUUAGAGAAUUUAUAAAUAUUAUUCGUAAUUCUAUAAGUAUUUGUAUUACAAAUAAUGAGGUUCGUCAUAUGAGUAUGAUUUAG